AAGCAUCCAUCAAUUUACGCGAAUCCGAGACGAAAGAGAGGACGAGAGAUUUGAAGAAUAACUUACCAUGAAUGCACCACGAGAAUCCUUUGUAAAACUUUGUUUGACGUAUGAAAUGUGUUCCUGUUGGAGGUGACGUCUGAAGUGUUAAUUCAUACCGGUUUCGUUUAUCAAAUUUCAUGGAGCAGUGAAGAAAGUUCACCUGGAGACUCUGUUUUUACCGGUCCACAUUUUCAGUCGUGUGAACACAGGUCCCAAUUCUUCCUUCUGUACGUGAUUAUACAAGAAAAAAACAUGAAAACGUGAUGAAGUUUCCUUCCACUUUCUCAUAACCGUAAUUCCUUUUUAAAACCCCUGUUUGUCAUUGUUUAUGCAUUUCAUCACCUAACUCUAUAGGUUUUAACUAUUGUUUUAAAAAAACAUUUCAUUCAGAAUAUCAAUAUUUAAUAAGCAGUUCCGUGUUAUAUUUCUUAUACACGUUAUCACACUAUUACUAGUAAAAAGAACAUAACACUCAGUUUAAAAGAUAAAACAUGUUUUGAGUAUAAAUCCUAAUAGAUCUUCAUGGCUAUUUUGUAACAUUAAAGUGUAUCUGGUAAUCAUACUAUUCAUUUUAGAAGUUAUUCAAUAAAUAGUAGAAUCAUUUUGUUUGUGUAUCGGUGUGAGGAAUCUCUAUUGAAAUAUAUGAAUAAAAAAACUUAACAAAAGACAACAAUGAAGCAUUUUUUUGACAACAAGUGUUGGUUUCUCCUUUUGACGUACAUGUUGAAAAGCGUUUAUUCCAAAUAUUGUAAUCAGGAAGGAAAAUAAUUGGUUAUUCAUCCUUAAUGGACGAGACAUUGGCCUAUACUACGAAAAGCAAAUUUUUACACCAAGAAAGAUGAAGAAGUAUGCCCAUGAAUAAAGCAUAGAUUAAAGAUUAGUGAUAAUACGAAAUAAUUAAUAAUUAAACGGUCGACGACUUCUUAAAAAGGUCGGUUCAUAAAUGAUAACCGGGAGAUGAGAAAGAAAGAAAUAAAGUAAGAAAAGACCAGACCGUAGGUUGCUUGGUCGUCAGAGCAACAUAUAAAGAAAGAUACUGACGUGUGCUUACGAUUGACUUUGACCCGCCUCUAUAAAUAGAAGAGACCAUCUUCCUUCUUCUUCUUCAUUCAUCCCUCAAGUUCUCCAUUUCAACAGUCCUAAUUAAUCGCACAAACAGUUCACAGGUCUGUUUAACACUGAUGGGUUGCUUUUGGUUCUCACGCCACAAGAGUGGAGUAGAGCCUUCAGAAGCUGAUGGAGGUAAAUAUACACGUUCUUCAAAUAUAUGGAUUACUAUCUAUUUGGUUCAUUACCUCUGUUGCUGGAUUCCUCUAACUUUGUUUAUAUAUAUGUAUGUAUGAAAACAGAACUUUCAGUGACAGAAAAGGUAAAGAUUUACAAAUACAAAGAGAUUCGUCAAGCUACAGAUGAUUUCAAUGUCCUAAAUAAAAUUGGAGAAGGAGGGUUUGGUUCUGUGUACAAGGGUCAUCUUAAAGAUGGAAAGGUGGCAGCUAUCAAAGUUCUAUCAGCUGAAUCAAGACAAGGUGUAAAAGAGUUCUUGACUGAGAUCAAUGUGAUCUCAGAGAUACAGCAUGAGAAUUUAGUUAAGUUAUAUGGAUGCUGCGUGGAGGGGAAUCACAGGAUCAUUGUUUACAACUAUCUCGAGAACAAUAGCCUUGACAAGACCCUUCUAGCUGGGGGAUACACUAGGAGUGGGUUACAGUUUGAUUGGAGCACUCGUGCCAAUAUUUGCGUUGGGGUUGCUAAAGGUCUUGCCUUUCUUCAUGAAGAAGUACAGCCACACAUAAUUCAUAGAGAUAUCAAGGCAAGCAACAUUAUACUUGACAGAGGCUUGUCCCCCAAGAUAUCUGAUUUUGGACUCGCUAGGCUUAUGCCACCGAACAUGACACAUGUCAGCACUUGUGUGGCGGGUACAAUUGGUUAUUUAGCGCCAGAGUAUGCGGCUAGGGGACAGUUAACACGUAAAGCCGAUGUAUACAGCUUUGGUGUCCUUCUGAUGGAGAUAGUCAGUGGAAGAAGUAACAAAAACACACGGUCACCCACUGAAUAUCAGUAUCUUCUAGAAAGAGCUUGGGAGCUUUAUGAGCGGAAUGAGCUCGUUGAUCUUGUUGAUAUAGCGUUAGGCGGAGUCUUUGACGCAGAGGAGGCUUGCCGGUACCUUAGAAUAGGUCUUUUGUGCACGCAAGACAGUCCUCAGCUAAGGCCAACAAUGUCCAUAGUGGUGAAGUUGUUAACGGAGGAGAAGGAUAUAGACACCAAGAAAAUAACCAAACCGGGUUUGAUUUCUGAUUUUAUGGACAUGAAAGUGAGAGAACCGGUGGAAACAAAGACUGAGGAAGUGAACAGAUGCAACUACACAAACCCUUCUUCUUAUAAUGCCUCGCCUAGCUCCAGGACUAGUGACAACUCAAAUGGUUACUCAUCAGGGGCUUCAUCAACUAAUGCAGUUUAUUCGUUAAGCAUUACCAAUUAGAAAAUAAAUGUUUUUCCUUUGGUGUUUGAUGUUUUUGUGUGUGUCAUCAUCCAGGUUCUUCUUUCUUUGAUUUGCAAACAGAGAUUUGAGUGUGUGUGUGUGUGUAUAUAAGCUUGAAAUAUGAAUUGGUCCCAGAAAAAGAAGAAGUAGGUUUUGAUAUAUUUUUUUAUCAAGGUUGGAAGUGAUUGGAGUCUCAGAAACAUCUGUGCUCGUGGUUUUGCGCUCAUGUAAUGCAAUGAUCUGGGGAACAUACAGAAACUCCCGUGGAGCGUCAGUGGCGGGAAGCUAUGACUUAUAACGGUAUAUGAACAAUGAUGAUAAUGUUACUUUUGGUUUUCAUUGAAGGGAACGUAGACCAAAACACACAUAGAUGAUAGACCAAGUUUCCAUGUGAACAUGGUUGCUUUGGAAAAGACAACGCAAAUAUCAAACUCGAGCAGGCAUAUUGAGAUGGGGCAAAUCUCCAAAAUAGCACCUUUAAGUUUAUAUCACAAAAAUAGCACUCAAAAACUAAAAUGACCAAAAUAGCAUUUUAUUUUCUGAAAAAUUUAAAUUUUUUUAUUUUUCAAAAUUUGAAAUCUUAUCCCAAAAACCUCACUUCUCAAUUCUAAACCCUAAAACCUAAACUCUAAACUCUAAACCCUAAAUUCUAAACUCUAAACCCCACCCCUUGAGUGCUAUUUUUAUGACUUUUGGUCUUGAGUGUUAGUUUGGGAACAAAAACUUGAUUUAAUGCUAUUUUGGUCUUUUUCUCUA